GUGAGGUAUCGUGAGAUCUGGCAGGCUUUUGCGGCAGUCUGUGACGCCGCUGAUCCCGUCCGUGGGUUUGUUUGUGUGGAUUUCCUCCAUGAUGUCCAGCUGUCCUCCUCAGGUCUAACAGGAAACCAAGCGGAAGCAGCGAAACAUGGAGGCUGCGGAAGGUGUCAGCGCUCCCACUCCCACGGAGGAGAUGAACGGCGCCGGGACGCUCAUGGACUUCCUGGACGAACCCUUCCCGGACGUGGGGACCUACGAGGACUUCCACACCAUCGACUGGCUGAGGGAGAAGUCCAGGGACACGGACCGGCACAGGAAGAUCACCAGUAAGAGCAGAGAGUCCCUGUGGGAGCUGAUCAAGAGCCUCCUGGACGCCUGGUCCGGAUGGGUGGUGAUGCUGCUCAUCGGCCUCCUGUCUGGUAGGGGUUACCAUGGUUACCGCUCAUCCCAUCCCACCACAUCAGGACCGGCCCAGAGACCGGAAACCAGAGCAGCCAUCUUUGUUAAUGUGUCAGAGGUUCUGUGGUCCACCUGGACCGCUGUGGCAGGGGUGUUGUCAGCGGCGGCGGCGGCCGGCGUCUCGGUGGCCUUUGGAGCCCCGAUUGGAGGCGUUCUGUUCAGCCUGGAAGAGGUGAGUUAUUACUUCCCUCUGAAGACCCUGUGGCGUUCCUUCUUUGCCGCUCUGGUCGCCGCCUUCACGCUGCGCUCCAUCAACCCGUUUGGAAACAGCCGCCUGGUGCUGUUCUAUGUGGAGUACCACACCCCCUGGUACAUGGCCGAGCUGGUCCCCUUCAUCCUGCUGGGGGUGUUCGGCGGCCUCUGGGGGACGCUGUUCAUCCGGGCCAACAUCGCCUGGUGCCGCUGCAGGAAGACCACCCAGCUGGGGAAGUACCCCGUCCUGGAGGUGAUCGCCGUGACGGGAAUCACCGCCCUGCUGGCGUACCCGAACCCGUACACCCGGCGCAGCACCAGCGAGCUCAUCUCGGAGCUCUUCAACGACUGCGGCGCUCUGGAGUCCUCCCAGCUCUGCGACUACAUCAGCAAUCCCAACAUGAGUCGGCCGGUGGACGACAUUCCAGACCGCCCGGCCGGGCCUGGGGUCUACAACGCCAUGUGGCAGCUCACCCUCGCCCUCAUCUUCAAGAUCGUCAUCACCAUCUUCACCUUUGGCAUGAAGAUCCCAUCCGGACUCUUCAUCCCCAGCAUGGCUGUGGGGGCCAUCGCUGGGCGCAUCGUUGGUAUCGCCGUGGAGCAGAUGGCGUACCACCACCAUGACUGGAUUAUCUUCAAGAACUGGUGCCGGCCUGGCGCAGACUGCGUCACGCCAGGCCUCUACGCCAUGGUGGGCGCUGCUGCCUGUUUGGGUGGGGUCACCAGGAUGACCGUCUCCCUGGUGGUCAUCAUGUUCGAGCUCACGGGCGGGUUGGAGUACAUCGUCCCUCUCAUGGCCGCCGCCGUCACCAGUAAGUGGGUGGCUGACGCCUUUGGGAAGGAGGGCAUCUACGAGUCUCACAUCCAGCUUAACGGCUACCCCUACCUGGACGUAAGGGACGAGUUCACGCACCGCACCCUGGCCACCGACGUGAUGCGGCCCCGCCGGAACGACCCUCCCCUGGCCGUCCUCACGCAGGACAGCACCACCGUGGAGGAUGUGGAGACGCUCAUCAAAGACACGGACUACAACGGCUUCCCGGUGGUCGUGUCCCGGGAGUCGGAGAGGCUGAUCGGCUUCGUUCAACGCAGAGACCUCACCCUCGCCAUCAAAAACGCGCGGCAGAAGCAGGACGGCGUGGUGAGCAGCUCCGUGGUGUACUUCACCGAGGACGCACCGCAGCUGCCGGCCAGCAACCCUCAGCCGCUGAAGCUGCGGCGCAUCCUCAACCUGAGCCCCUUCACCGUCACCGACCACACCCCCAUGGAGACGGUGGUGGACAUCUUCCGUAAACUGGGCCUCCGGCAGUGCCUGGUCACCCGGAGCGGGCGUCUGCUGGGCAUCAUCACCAAGAAGGACGUCCUGCGCCACAUGGCCCAGAUGAUGAACCAGGAUCCAGAGUCCAUCAUGUUUAACUGAGCACAGACUGAUGGAGCUGCCCCCCCCCCUCACCGAGCAUCAUCAUCAUCAUCCUCCUGCUUCCUCAUUAAAGCAGAAGGGAGGACCAGUGAUGGCUGGAGGUCAAUAACUGGGACCAGUUUAGUUCAUUUUAUCAGCAUUAUUUCAUGGCUUUAUUUAACAUGUAUGGAUGUGAUCCUGCCUUCCUGUACUUUUAUUGUUGCCAUAUUCCUGUUGCCAUCGUUGGACGACCUGCUGAUCCUGACGCUCGCCUGUAGCAGCUUGGUUCUUAGAUGAUUUAGCUCCACCCAACUCCAGACGCCACUCCUCCACCUCAGUGUUCAUCUUUGGUUCCUCUCUGUGGUGUUUUUCUCUGUGGUGAAGCUGCUGAUGCUGCACAUGAACUGGAACCCAGUCUGUGGAAGAGUGGAGGGAUUUUAACCCUGUGAACCUAAAACGAAGCUAAUCUUCAGAUCAUCCAAACCGUGGCUCUGACAGAACUCACUCCGUCGCACUUUUGUUUCCAGAUUUGUAAAAAUGUAAAAGAAUAAAC